AAACAAAUCUUAAACAAAUUAUAAAAGCAAUUCAAUUUAGAUUUAAAAGAAUGUUAAAGAAACAUAAAAAAGUUAACCAUUCUAAUGAAAAUAAUAUUAAUAAUAGUUCUAGUGUUAGUAGCUCUAAUCAUGAAUCAAUUAGUAAUAUAGAUUCAAUUGUUAAAGAAAAUUAA